AUGACGCCACAUCCACAACAGGCAGCGUUGGAACUCUCGCUUCGUGAUCCGGAGAGAUUUUGGUCUGGUCCCGCAGAGCGGCUCCACUGGCACCGAAAGCCAUCCAAAGCUCUGACACUCCAAUCCAAGACCCUCCCUAGCGGGGUCCAGCAUGAACAUUGGUCCUGGUUUGCCGACGGCGAGAUCUCCACGACUUUUAACUGUGUAGAUCGUCAUGUGCACAAUGGUCUCGGGGACCAGGUCGCCAUCAUUUGGGAGUCACCUGUCACGCAGACAACGGAGAAGUUCACCUAUAACCAGUUACUGGAUGAGGUCGAGGUCCUUGCGGGGGUCUUACGCGAGGAGGGGGUCCGCAAAGGCGACGUGGUGAUCAUUUACAUGCCGAUGAUACCCGCGGCGCUCAUCGCCGCGCUUGCGAUUACUCGGCUGGGCGCCAUCCAUGCAGCUGUGUUUGGCGGCUUCGCCGCCCACUCGCUAGCGCAACGCAUCGAGGCUGCACGUCCCCGCGCCAUCAUGACCGCCUCGUGUGGGGUCGAGGGCUCCAAGGGCCCCAUUCCCUACCGGCCUCUAGUGGAAGGCGCGGUGGCGGCGAGCAAGUUCAAGCCGAGCAAGGUGAUUGUUUGGCAGCGAGACCAGCUGCGCUGGAAUCAGCCCGAUAAGCUGGGUGGCCAGCGAAACUGGCAGAGACUGGUCAAAAGCGCCCGCAUGCGUGGAAUACGGGCCGGUCCGGUACCUGUCAAGAGCACGGACGGACUUUAUAUCAUCUACACGAGUGGCACCACCGGACUACCUAAGGGGGUACUCCGGGAGGCUGGCGGGCAUGCCGUUGGGCUUGAACUUUCGAUUCGGUCUUUAUUCGGGAUUAAAGGGCCGGGUGAUGUGAUGUUCUGUGCGUCGGAUAUUGGUUGGGUGGUUGGACAUUCGUACAUUUUAUAUGCGCCGCUGCUUGUCGGCGCAACUACUGUUCUCUUUGAGGGUAAGCCUGUUGGGACGCCUGAUGCGGGCACUCUGUGGCGCAUUAUUGAGAAACAUGCGGUCAAUACUCUGUUUACGGCGCCUACGGCAAUGCGGGCCAUCCGUAAAGAUGACCCGAAUGACAAGCUCUUUAAGGAAGUUGCACGGCGCGGCGGGCUGAAGUCUCUUCGAGCGCUGUUUCUUGCGGGAGAGCGAAGUGAGCCGAGUAUUGUGCAGUCGUAUCAGGAUCUUCUGACUCGGUUCGCGGCGCCGGGUGCUCUCGUCGUUGAUAAUUGGUGGUCUUCUGAGUCUGGAUCCCCCAUCACUGGACUGGCACUGAACAGCAGCGCGGCCGUUCCCAACAGCGUAAACGCAGGAGCCGUCCGCCCCCUUGCUAUCCGACCCGGCUCAGCAGGCCUGCCGAUGCCAGGAUUCGACGUACAUAUCGUCGAUGACGAUGGUAAUGAGGUCCCUCGCGGGACAAUGGGUAACAUCGUCAUGGCUCUACCGUUGGCACCAACAGCAUUCACAAGCCUAUUCCAGGAUGAGGAGAGAUUUUAUAACGGAUAUUUAAAACGAUUCAAUGGCCGCUGGGUAGAUACAGGUGAUGCAGGACUAAUUGACGAAGAUGGAUACGUUCACAUUAUGUCUCGAUCAGACGAUAUCAUCAAUGUGGCCGCUCAUCGCUUCAGUACAGGUAAAGUCUAUCUCCCUGAUCACAGCAUAACUCACAGUAAAACUCAACUAACCCUUUUGAAAGGCUCAAUUGAACAAGCAAUUCUAUCUCACCCCUCCAUCAGCGAAGCCAGCGUUGUGGGUAUCCCAGACUCACUUAAGGGUCACCUCCCUUUCGCAUUCAUCCAACCCCGGGCUGGCACUGAUUAUCCAGACCCAUUGUCCGCGACACCAAGCACACAGCUUUUUAAAGAAGUCAAUGCACUGGUGCGUGAUCAAAUCGGUGCUAUCGCCUCAUUGGGUGGUAUCAUUCAGGGUCGGGGUAUGAUACCCAAGACUCGAAGUGGGAAGACGUUGCGUCGAGUGCUACGACAGCUAGUAGAACAUGGCGCGGAAGGAAGAUAUGAUGCGCCGGUUAGUGUGCCGCCGACCGUCGAGGAUGCAGAGGUGGUCGAAGUUGCGAGAGGGAAGGUGAAGGAGUACUUUGAGAAGAGAAUCAAGGCGAAGCUUUAG